GGCUUCAGCGUACUGUCAGUCACAAACAGAAGCCGGCUGACCAUGAUUAGUAAAGGAAGAGCUGGGAAAAGCUGAUUCAGUGAAACAUAUGGGGACUUGGACAUACAAAACUGUGAGAGAAGUCCCGUCCCAGACAUAAGAGAGCCACCAGCGUUAUUUAUAUCAGUCUAUUAGAAAAGCCAGCCACCGUUGCAUACUUUGUGCAUUGCAGUAGCCUAGAGGGAAUGAUAUCAGACGUGCUAUGAGAUAAUUGUUACAGUAAAUACUACCACUGGAGAUCACCUGAUAAGGUGCAGAGCCCCUCGCAUAGACACUGAUAUGAUGCGCGUGUCUGGUUGCCUUAUAUAACGGAGCGCAGUAUAUUUAUGUCUGGAACACCAGCACUCCUCUCACUAGAGAUAACGGGGCUUGCGGAUGACUGAUCUGGACUGACGCUAUGGAUAUGAGGGGCGCAAUUUGUUCCGUGCUGCUAGCACUUCUAUAUCAGAAAGCACCUGCACGUGCUGCAGACCGGAGCCCUCAUGCUGCGGGGGUCCCGACAUCUUCCUCUAAGGCGCUACACUCUGACAUACUGGAUGUUACAGGACACACUGAAUAUGACAUUGUUGUGGCAUAUGAAGUGGACAAAGACGGCGAUUAUAUCACACAUGAUAUAAGCCACAGUCAUAGGAGAAAAAGAUCAGCGAAGACAGAUCCUGUACAUCUCAAGAUUCAUGGAUUUGGGCAGGAUUUGCAUUUGCAGCUAAAUUCUUCAAGUCUACUGGCACCUGGAUUUAAAAUUCAAACAUUUGGAGAGGGAAGGACUAAAUAUACAGAAGUGUACCCAUCACAUGCCUUCUGCUUCUAUACAGGAACACUGCUAUCCCAUGAAAAUUCCACAGUAGCACUUUCAACAUGUAAUGGCCUGUCUGGCUUUAUAAGAACAAAUGAAGCUGAUUUUUUCUUGAAACCACUACCUGUGCAUAUAGCACUCAAACACAAUUACUCUACUUCAGAUGGUCACCAGCCCCAUGUUCUGUACAAGCGAUCUACCGAUAUACAGUUGUACAAGGAUGAUCUAUCUCCAGCUGACAGACAGCCUGAACUGGAAAAUCUAAAUUGGCUUUACCAAGAUAGACUGCUACCUCUAGGCCACCAACAAACGGAUUACUUACAUGAAACAGCAGAGAAAAAGCACUACUGUGGAAGGCGCAAGAAAUAUAUGCCUAAACCUCCUAAGGAAGAUAUUUACAUUUUGCCUGAUGAAUACAAAUACUCGGGACGGAGCAAACGUUCUCUCAUAAAUUCUCAAAAGAACAAGCCUUUAAACGUGGAGACUCUUGUUGUUGUUGACAAGAAAAUGAUGCAAAAUCACGGUCAUGAAAACAUCACUACUUACGUGCUAACAAUACUCAAUAUGGUUUCUGCAUUGUUCAAAGAUGGAACAAUAGGGGGAAACAUUAACAUUGUCAUUGUUGGUCUAAUUCUACUGGAAGACGAGCAGCCUGGACUUGUUAUAAACCAUCAUGCUGACCACACAUUGAGCAGUUUCUGCCAGUGGCAGUCCGGGCUGAUGGGAAAAGAUGGCAGUCGUCAUGAUCAUGCCAUUCUGCUCACUGGUUUGGACAUAUGUUCCUGGAAGAAUGAACCUUGUGAUACGUUGGGGUUUGCUCCAAUAAGUGGUAUGUGCAGUAAAUACCGUAGCUGUACUGUUAAUGAGGAUACAGGGCUUGGACUGGCAUUCACAAUUGCUCAUGAAUCAGGUCACAAUUUUGGCAUGAUCCAUGAUGGAGAGGGAAAUGUGUGCAAGAAGUCAGAAGGCAAUAUCAUGUCACCAACAUUGGCAGGACAUAAUGGAGUCUUCUCCUGGUCCGCAUGCAGCCGCCAGUACUUGUACAAAUUUUUGAGUUCCUCUCAAGCUAUUUGCCUCGCUGAUGAUCCUAAGCCCGGGAAAGAAUAUAAAUAUCCCGAAAAACUUCCAGGGGAACUGUAUGAUGCCAACACACAGUGCAAAUGGCAGUUUGGAGGGAAGGCCAAACUCUGCAUGCUGGACUUUAAAAAGGAUAUAUGUAAAGCACUUUGGUGCCACAGAGUUGGAAGAAAAUGUGAGACAAAGUUUAUGCCAGCAGCUGAAGGCACGAUAUGUGGGCACAAUAUGUGGUGUCGAAAAGGACAGUGUGUGAAAUAUGGUGAUGUAGGACCCAGGCCUACAAAUGGUCAGUGGUCUGACUGGUCAGCUUGGUCCCUGUGCUCCAGGACAUGUGGUGGAGGUGUUUCGUACAAAGAGCGUCAGUGCAGUAACCCAAGGCCCUUGCAUGGAGGAAAAUUUUGUGAAGGUUCUUCACGGUCAUUUAAACUUUGUAACACUCAGAAGUGUCCCAAGAACAGCACUGACUUUAGAGCCCAGCAGUGUGCAGAAUAUAACAGUAAACCUUUUAGAGGCUGGAAUUACAACUGGAAGCCCUACACUCGUGUGAAUGAACAAGAUUACUGUAAACUAUACUGCAUUGCAGAAGGAUACGAUUUCUUUUUUUCCUUAUCAAACAAAGUAAAAGAUGGAACACGGUGUUCUGAGCAUAGUAACAACAUGUGCAUUGAUGGAAUUUGUGAGACAGUCGGCUGUGACCAAGUUGUUGGUUCUAAUGCUGUGUAUGAUUCAUGUGGUGUAUGUAAUGGAGACAACUCCACCUGCAAGGUCUACAGAAACAAGUAUACAAAACAGUACUAUUCUAAUCAAUAUUAUUCAUUAGUGACCAUACCUGCUGGAGCUCGUAGCAUAAGUGUUUCUGAAAUGAACAUCUCUACCUCUUACAUUUCUGUACGUAACACACUGAACAAGUACUACCUCAAUGGAUACUGGACUAUCGACUGGCCGGGUCAAUACAAGUUUGCAGGCACCGUGUUUGACUACAAAAGACCAUACAAUAAUCCAGAGACUUUGACUGCUGCUGGGCCUACAAAUGAAACUGUAGUAGUUGAAAUACUAUUGCAAGGUAAAAACCCUGGAAUGAUCUGGGAGUUCUCAAUGCCCAAAUCAGAAAGUGAAAAGAUGAAAUUGAUGCCAAAGCACAACUACACAUGGGCCAUCAUCCGAUCUGAAUGUUCUGCCUCAUGUGGAGGAGGUCACAUGAACACUAAAGAAGGGUGUUACAGAGAUAUGCGAGUUCAGGUCAAUACUUCUUUCUGUAAUUCUAAAAAUCGACCUAUCACAGGACCAGUUCCUUGCAACCUGCAAGCGUGUCCUCCAAGCUGGUCUGCAGGAAACUGGACAGAAUGCAGUCAAACUUGUGGUACUGGAGAACAGUUUCGACAGAUUCACUGCAAGCAAAGGACACAUUACAAACUGGAAACUGUGGCAAACAAAUUAUGUUCCACACCACCACCUACCCACAGGCAAAUAUGUAGAACACAGAACUGUCCUCCUGGGUGGAGUGUUGGACACUGGUCAGAGUGUUCCCGAACCUGUGGCAAAGGAUGGAGAAAGAGAACAGUAGUUUGCAAGAGCACUGGUCCUUCCCUCCAAGUUCAGAUCCUCCACAAUUCUGCCUGCACUUUGGAGUUCAAGCCCAAAACCCAGGAAACCUGUGUUGUUAAACGCUGCAACAAACCUAAGACGUUGCAAUGGCUUGUGACCAGCUGGUCAGAGUGCUCUGUUUCAUGUGGAUUAGGCGUUCAGAAAAGAACAAUACAAUGUACAGAAAAAUAUGUCUCUGGAAAAUACAGACAUCUUGCUUCAAAAAAAUGCUUACAUCUGGAAAAACAAAACAUAGAACUUGAAAAAGUCUGCGAACAGGCUGAAUGUCCAAGGUAUCCCAUCCACACUGUGGUUAAUCAUCCCCGAGGAUCUUGGUACUCUUCUCCAUGGUCUCAGUGUUCAGUAACUUGUGGAGGAGGUGUACAGGUGCGGACUGUGCAAUGCCUCAAUCAUGGAUACCCUUCUAGUGGGUGCAUUGCCUAUCAAAAGCCGUUCUUAUCACAAGCUUGCAACACUGAAUUCUGUCCCCUUGAAAAGAAAGAUCCCUCCUGCAAAGAUUAUUAUAAUUGGUGUUAUUUGGUGCCACAGCAUGGUGUGUGCAGUCACAAGUUUUAUGGCAAGCAGUGCUGCACAUCUUGUUCCAAAUCAAAUGUAUAAUCGGGAUCAUGCUGCAAAGUAAAAACAGAAGAGCUAAAUAUCAGACACAACCAACAUUUCAACCUUUUCUGAAGAUGCGGUCUACAAGUGCUUUCAGCUUUGAACUUAAAAAUUGUAGACCUCACAUAUAGUAGGCUUCUUACAUUUCUGCCAAUACGGUAUUGAGGUGACGAGAAACAAUAUACAGUAAACCACUAACAGUACUAGUUUUUGGGCAGAGCCAUAUGAGACUUUGUAACUUGUGCAUGUCAUUUACUUCUGACAAAUAAGUAUUUGGUCUCUUUUCAUGCUGGAUCCCACAUGGAAACUUGUAAUUACAGCAGGGAAAGCUGCAUGAAAAUGGUGCCAAACAAAUGGCAUGGCAUCAUCUUACCUCACUUCUGCUGUAAGGAGAAUAGUCAGCGUUCUCUUCCAAGUUGUCAUUACCAGAGCACUUCCGACAGCUGGAUUCAACUUAUAAGAAUAUGUCAGCGCUGCUGGUUUUAUCACCUGCUGUUAAACACUCAGAACACCCAAUAACAUUGUAAAACGUCAUAAUUUCUUAAAACUCUUUAUACAGUACUUAAAGUCAUUAUCUCAUUGAAAAACUGGAUGUUGCAAUUAUCAUAUGUUUUUGUAAGGAAUUCAGAACAAUUCCUAAUGGUGCUAGCAUUUUCGCCCUGACUACACUGGCAAGUAUUGUUCUUUAAUACGUAUUGUAUAUGUUUUUCGUAAGUGUUCCUAUUUAAAUAUUGUUUUCAGCUUAUAAUUAAGCGUAAACACUUAAAAUCCUUCUUAGCAAACUAUAACAAUAUAACAAUAUUUCAUUGCAAAGGUACUACAUCGUUAUAGUAUAUCACAGCUUAGUAAUAUGCCUUUCACACUAAGUCAGAUAGUCAUUGCGAUCAGUACAGUGAUGCUGAAAUUGAAUCCUGAUGACCGUUUUGGUGCUACGUUCUCUACUAUCUCUUAUCGUACUACAGAGGUUUUCAAAUGAUGAAAGACAAUUGCUGAUACUGUACCUCCACGAGGGUUACAUCUUGUAAAGUUCAAUGCUAAAUAUUUAUGAAUUCAGUUUUUUUUAAUAAA